AUGGUACUGGGGUUAAAUCAACUGAUAAAGGUGUCUGCUUAUAGAUGCUUGAGUCAUUGUUGUGCAAACCCUUUAUGUUUUAUUAGAUUGAGUGUAUUCUCAACUGCGAAUUUUGGGAGUCAGAGUGAGGGGGAAUGUAAAGCCAACAAUAUCAAUGAUGGGUAUGAUGGUUCUGUGGUUCCUGGGGAAUUACGUUUUACAGGAAGUGCCCGUGAUGAUACUUGUAUCCCUCAAAACUUCAAUUUUGGGUGUCUUAACAAUGUUGAGUCGCAUGAGCCCUACCAAGAUGAAGUAGAAGAAGAUCAUGAAGAGGAAGGACAGCAUGGUAGUGAUGAUGAUAGUCUUGAGGUUCUUAGCACCUUUCAAGGCAGUCACAAACAGACAGUAGACAUUAGGAAAUUUGACAUUGACGAGAAUGAAUAUAGACACCCUUUAGUCAGAGAAACUAGCAGGUUAAUUACGCUCAGGUCAGCUUGGGACCCAAAACUGGAAGGAGAAUUGAGGCACUUAUUAAGAAGCCUCAAGCCCCCUCAAGUUUGUGCUGUUUUACGCUCCCAAGAUGACGAGCGUGUAGCUUUGAAUUUUUUCUAUUGGGCUGAUCGGCAGUGGCGUUAUCGACAUAACAUUAUGGUCUACUAUAAUAUGUUGGAAGUCCUUAGCAAGACUAAACUGUGUCAAGGUGCUAGGCGAGUUCUUCGGUUGAUGACCCGCAGGGGAGUUGAGUGUUCGCCUGAAGCUUUUGGGUAUGUGAUGGUGUCAUAUAGUCGUGCAGGCAAGUUAAGGAAUGCCCUUCAAAUUUUGACCUUGAUGCAGAAAUCUGGUGUUGACCCUAAUUUAUCGAUAUGUAACACUGCCAUAUAUGUCUUGGUGAAGGGGAAGAAACUGAAAAAUGCACUGAGGUUCUUGGAAAGAAUGCAACUAAUAGGAAUCAAACCCAAUGCUGUUAGUUAUAACUGCUUGAUUAAGGGGUUCUGUGAUUUAAAUCAAAUUGAGGGUGCAUUGGAGCUUAUCACUAGUAUGCCAUCUAAAGGAUGCAUGCCUGAUAAAGUUAGUUACUAUACUGUGAUGACUUUCCUCUGUAAGGAGAAAAGAAUUGAAGAACUGAAGCAGUUAAUGGAGAAUAUGGUAAGGGACAGUAAAUUAAUACCAGAUCAGGUUACAUAUAAUACACUUAUCCAUGUACUUUCAAAGCAUGGACAUGCAGAUGAUGCUCUUUCUUUUCUAAAGGAAGCAGAAGAGAAAGGUUUUCGCAUUGAUAAGGUUGGGUAUAGUGCAGUAGUUCACUCUUUUGCCAAGAAGGGCAGGAUGGGUGAGGCAAAGAAUUUAGUGAACAAUAUGUAUGUGCAGGGUUGUAUACCUGAUGUAGUGACAUAUACUGCUGUUAUUGAUGGAUUUUGUCACACGGGAAAUGUAGAUGAAGCUAAAAGGAUGAUGCAACAGAUGUACAAACAUGGGUGCAAGCCCAAUACUGUAUCAUAUACAGCUCUGUUGAAUGGCCUCUGUCGAAGUGGAAAGUCAGUUGAGGCAAGAGAAAUGAUAAAUACAAGUGAGGAGCAUUGGUGGAGUCCAAAUGCUGUCACUUACAGUGCUGUCAUGCAUGGGUUGCGGAGGGAGGGGAAAUUAUCUGAGGCCUGUGAUCUGGUCAGGGAAAUGAUUAAAAGGGGGUUUUUCCCAACACCAGUUGACAUUAACUUGCUUCUCCAGUCUCUAUGUCAAGAAGGGAAAAUAACUGAGGCUAAAAGAUUUAUGGAAGAAUGUCUGAAUAAGGGCUGUGCCAUUAAUGCCGUCAACUUUACCUCUGUGAUUAACGGCUUUUGUCAGAUGGGUGACUUAGAUGCUGCUUUGUCUGUGCUUGAUGACAUGUAUUUAAGCAACAAACAUCCUGAUGCAGUCACAUAUACGGCACUAUUUGAUGCAUUUGGGAAGAAAGGUAGAUUGGAAGAGGCUUCUGAACUCAUCAUGAAAAUGCUUAACAAAGGUUUGGUUCCUACUCCGGUAACAUAUAGGACAGUCAUACACCGGUAUUGUCAAUGGGGCAGAGUGGAGGAUUUGUUGAGAUUAUUGGAUAAAAUGCUUGCCAGGCAAACAUUCAGAAUGGCUUACAAUCAGGUUAUUGAGAAGCUCUGUGAUUUUGGGAACCUUGAGGAAGCUGAUAAACUUUUAGGGAAGGUUUUGAGAACUGCUUCAAAACUUGAUGCUAAGACAUGCCAUGUUCUGAUGGAAAGCUAUCUGAGUAAAGGGAUGGCUCUGUCGGCAUAUAAGGUGGCUAGUAGAAUGCUUAGCCGCAAUUUGAUUCCUGACCUUAAGUUGUGUGAGAAAGUGAGCAAGAAACUGACAACGGAUGGUAUGUUGGUGGAGGCUGAUAACCUCAUGUUAAGAUUUGUUGAGCGUGGAUGUAUAAUGCCACAGAAUGGGACUCAUCUGUCGAGUUAAUUUUUGGUUGAAAUUCAAAUGUUGUUCACUUGUUCUUACGUAAUGUUACUGCUGGUUCUUAUGGAUCAAUGUUGAAAGUUUUUUUCCCCCCUCUGCUAUGCGUUUCCCGCAUUGAAGAUGAAACAAUUGGGAGCGGAUGCCCUUUAUUGAACUGUUGAAGGAUCUCUCAAAGUUUCUUGGUGCAAACGUUAAUAAAUAAGUAUAAUGGUGCCUAUCAUAAGAACAAUGAUGCUUUACUUAGAUUCAUACAUUCCCCUUGCAAAGAGCGUAGACGAUGAAUUUGGCUUUGUAUAUGCCUGACCUGGGCGAAGGAGUUGUCAGGUCAAGUGUAUCAAGCUAUGCUCACAUGGAGAUGUGCUUUGAGGGCUGCCUUGAGAAUGCAAUGUAGAGAAUACAGCUGCAAAGAAUAAUUGUCGGUUGGCAGAGACAAGAGCAAUGUUGGUUUUUGCUGACUGUUAGGAGAAACCAAGAGCUCUUGAUUUCUUGACAUGUUAAAAAAAUGUCGGGAACCUUUUUACUUCCAUGUUGGUAGAAGCACGCUUGAUGGCAUCAAAUAGUUGAGUGGAUAAUCAUGAAGAUCCCAUUGUGGUGAUGAAGAAAAACGAAGAUGAUGGAUGUUCCUUGUGGAUGACAAUAAUGGGUCCAAACAUAAUUUUGGUGACAGGAUGAUGGCAUUGAAGCUUUUGACCCAACCUUGUGUCAAAUGGCUUUUGUACUCUCACCUCUAUUACUUUCAUCUCUUCAGCUUCAGAGUUAUGAACAUCAACCUCGGAUGAUGUGAGAAUGUAAUAAUUCUUUUUGGACCAGCUUCCAAAAAUAUUGAUGAUAUUGGAAUCAGUUUUUCCUACAAUUCCUCUGUAUUUGGUUGGAUACUUUGUAUAGUUAAAGCCUUGAAGGUAGGAGAACUUUCUGGUCCAAUAA